UGAACUUUCCCAGCAACUGGAAACAGAGUCUAAAAAAUGCAUGGAGGUAGAAGCACAAAAUCAGGACUUGCGAGAACAGUUGUCCACCAUGCAUGGGAACCAGGAAAAACUGGAGAAGAGCAAAUGCCAGCUGAAAGAAGAGGUGGCUAACCUCAAACAUCGUUUGGAGACUAACAUGGUGGAUCGCAGCCAAAUAGAACAAUAUAAAAGAGAGAUGGAAGAACGAGCUGGCCAAGAAAUAAGACAAAAACUACAAGAAGUCAAUCUAUUUUUGCAGACGCAGGCAGCCUCCCAGGACAGAUUAGAGCAAAUCAGAGCCAGUCAUCAUGCAUCACUGAGAAACCAGCUGAAACACAGAAUUAGAGACCUCGAAUGUGAAUUGGACAGGAUAAAAAAUACACAACAAGACAGUAUUUUUCAAAGAGAAUCAAAUCAGGCAGAAGUGGAAAAGUACAGAGAGCUGUACUUGGAGGAAGUAAAAAUUAGGAGAUGCCUAGCAAAUAAACUGGAAAGAGCUAAUGAGAGACUAGCAGAAGCACACGCUAAGCUCCUUCAGGAGCGCCACAGAAGCAAAUCCUUAAUCGCAAGCAGCAUUGUCAGUGGAGGUCUGGCUGCAAGUCCAGUUCUGUAUUCAGCUGAACUGGGACAUCUUGGCAACAAUUUGGCGCUGAACAGAAGUCUCAGUCUAGGAGGAAGCUUCCUAAGCUCAACCGGGAAUGCACUGGCAUCAAGAAACAGGGUUGAAGCCUACGUGGCUAAGGUACGGCGGGAACUGGAUGAAAAAAUCACGAAAGAACUUGAACAGGCCACUGCUGAACUUGAAACUGGAUCUGCUGGAGCUUCUCCCAUGGUAUCUGCUGAUGGCUCUUCAAAUAAUUUCCAUGUUGAUCAGGAUCCCCUUUCCAGGGCAAUACAGGAGUACCGUGAUGUUCUCAAUAAAAAUUACCUGAUUUGAACAAAAUGCUAUGGAAAGGCUCUGGAAAUCAUUUUGUUUACAUAGUGCAUCUAUGGUUUCCCAUCCCAUGGUUCAGAUGUGAAAACGUGUUCAUUGCAGUCUGAAUGUAACUCCUAAGUCUAUUAAAUGGAUGUCAAGCACAUUGCACUUACCUGUUGGUUUAUUGAUGCAUAGUUCUUUUGUUUUGCACUCACAGUAAGAACCAUGUCUAUUUUUUGCUGACUAGCAGAUUGACUAAUCUUGAUUCUUGAGCUCGACAGAACUGUCAAAAGGUUUCUUGUUAAGGUAGGUGCAUUAUUUUGCUCACUCACGUUCUGUGUUUUAACAAAAGCAUUCCCUUUGUUCU